GUACAAGUCUAGGUUGAAAGAUCAACAACAGUACUAGUUGCUGAGUAUGUAAUGCCUUUAUUUUUGUUUGGAUAUUCUUAGUCCCUAUUGACAAUAAUAUAAUGCCUUUACUUUUACCCCAAAAUUCGGUCAUAUGGCUACGACUUUACUCAGGUCAUCAGCCUCGGUGCUUGCUGACUUUACGCAGGUCGCCCAUCAUCCUCUGAGGCGAGCAGGUGCCGGCGGGGCUCGCUGUGCAGGAUCCAUAACCUAACCUAACCAAAUUGAUGAUUUGCAUCCCUGAAUAGCAACGUCGCAAACCAGGCCGUUCCACAUGGAGUGAAACAUUUCAUCCAAAUUCAUUGCUGUACUUGUUUUGUACGCGGAAAAUAUGGAUAAAGGCUACAAAGCAGUUGCACUAUUGCAGAUACCAACAACAAUAAGUACAUAGCUUGUUUUCUACUACAGUUAACAAGUAGAACAAGCACAAUAAGGACAUGGCUUUAUUCUUAGUACAGACAGCAAGACUUCUGACAGCAAGAGUCUUGGCGUUCUCCUGAUUCAAUGUUGCUAAAAGUGUGGAGCAACAGCGCUAAAUGUUGCUAAGUGUGGAGCAGCAGCGCACCUUGUUGCGUUUACUAGAGGAAGCACUGGAGUCGGGUCUCUUUAAGAAUCCCAACUUCGUAGAACGUGAGGGGAUUCGGGUACGCGACUUGGAUCCCGAGGAUCGACAGACGCAGUAUAACUUAGGGCUCACAGUAAUUCAUCUUUAGAAGCAUCUUUGGCCCCUUCGUUAAGGGACACACGCGGCAAAGAUGCUCUCCGGGAUGAAUAAGGGUAACUAACGUCUAAAUGGCGCUAUCUGUGCCGUCGAAGGCAACCUGCGGUCGUGGCUGCAAGCACGCGAAGAAACUGCGAGUUUGGUGGCGGGAAGAAACAGCAAAUAUGUCCGAUCAUGCUGUUCCAUUCUGCGUUCCAGGUUACGGAAUAGAAAGACUGCUCCUGCAGCGGAUAACUACAAUGCUCCUCACAAUCACGAUAGGAGAAGUAUGGCAGCUCGUCCUUCGUAUUUGCGAGGUCGAGAGCAGUUGCGGGAAAAAAUUAACGAACUAUACGAAAGUGGGCUUGAACUCUUGAACGAAACGGGCAGCAUUCUAUUCAUCUUCACCUUAAGGCUUGUAAUAUUAGACCUCACGACGACAUUCAUAUCGAACUUGCGACAUCUCAUAUAGUUAGGGGUGACAACAAUCGACGGCACUGUAUCCUAUUAUCCGGGGUCGACACAUCAAUAGCACUAAAGCAGUGGUUAUCGUCGUUGAAUCUUCUACCAAAACGGGGUCGCAGGGUCGUGUCGUGAAAGACUACCAGCUUUCUCUCUCGAUCCUCAUCUCUCUAACAACGACUUUGCGUCACGACGCUUCGACCGGCAAUAAACUUGAGGAGAGUGAAGCCUUUCUCUCUCUCAGCGUCCUCUACAUUCUGGCGGUGAUAACAUUUACCCUAAGCCUGUUGGUGCGGCUCUUAAUCGCCCUGUCAGCAUAUCCGGAAGUUGAUCCUGGAUACAUCUACAAGUCAGACCUGUCAACGGGGUAUAUACGAGUCAAAAGACCCAAUCCGGAUGGACGAGCAGACCAGCGGAGAAAAUUCUUCGCUUUUGUUUUCUUGUAUUAAGGCUACAAGAAGAGGAGGAGCGUGUAAUGAAUGUGUGGUGUAAUGAGUGUGUAGUUAGCCCGAAAGUGACUGUUUAUCAUGAUAGUCAAUUAGUUCCUAGCUAGCUACCGCACGAUUAUAGUCAAUGGAUAAAAAAAGAAGAGUUCAACCACUUGCUUCUAAUUGUACCUCAUCGAGCCCAACAGUGGGAAGAAGUGCAUCGCUUCAACCUUUAGGCAAGCAAAGGAAUUCUUCAAUGCUGAUGGCACUUCGCAUGAGAUGCACCCUCUAGCCUUGGAGUUUCAUCUUCUACACUCAGAAUCCGAAACCAACAUCCGGACAAUAUUAGCAGUGAUUCUCCUAGCUGAUUUGCCGGAGCUCUGCAUCGAACUGCUGUAUUUGCUAUUGCUGUUAUGAACUACGGUAGAGGAAGGACGCAGUGCUUGGCCCCGAAUCUGUGGUGGAGUAUUCGGGCAACACUAAUUAUGCUAGAAGCGAACAAAGAAGAAGUAGACAUGUGACUGAUGAAGCAGAAGUAGAUCUUAUUUCCACUAUCGUACGGCACAACCACAACUUCGCCUAGUCCCCACUCUGUCUCUCUUCAUACUCAAGUCUGUACGCGAAGAGAGGCACUGGAAGCGGUAGUACUUCUUCUU